AUUUGUUGUGUUACGAUGGGAGGGGGGUGUCUUGAUCGAAACGUGAAUUGGAAUAUUUAAACAGCUGGCCCUAGAGCUGGCUGCCGGCCAGCAGCAGUCCAAACUCCCAGAUAACCAUAACCCUCGCACCGUCUGGAGCGGCAGAAGACUUACCAAAGCCAAGAGCGACGCACGCACAUCUGACACAUCCCCGGCCGACCCCCACUCUCCGCUGCGGCUGUAUAAACAAACUUCUACAAAAUACAUUUUUGCUGCCUGCUGCUGUUCUUGUUCUAUGCAAAAACUAGUUUGAGCGGUUAUUGAACCUCUGACACUUGACUUGCGUUUGCCGGCUAAAAUAUUCAUUCGCCCCCGGGCCGAACUCGGAACGCCGAACGCUCAGUAAGAAGUUCAAUCUGGCAUCCAGAAACGGACGUGUCAGCGGAAUUCUGCAAAAGAAGAACUGAUAUGCACGUAUACACCAUGAGUAAUCGAGUGCCGGAGCUAGUUAUAUGCUCCUUCGUCGUGGUCAGCCUGCUGGUCAUACACUUUUUCUCCGACCUGUUGCGUGCAUCGCUGGGCGGCUUCUACACCAAGGAUGUGACCUUGUCGCAGCUUGUGGAGGCGCAGAGUGCCGACUAUGCCUGGCUGCUGAAGCUGAUGGUCAACUGCUUUGGCUACAGUUGCGUCGUUGUGCCCGGCUAUCUCAUCUACAAGUAUGUGGCACGCACCGGCUACCUCGAGAGAGGCAACAAGACCUUUCUGCACACGGCCAUCAACAUGUGCAUCACCGGCAACUCCAGCUACGAGCCACUGGAUGCUGCGGCGAGCACAGCGGAUAAGGAGAGAGCAGCAGGCUCGGCAGCGUCGGCUGGCGCUGGCAAGCGCACUAGCUCCCAGGAGGCUGUGCAGCUGCUUUGGUGCUUUGGCGGCCUCAUGGUGUCCUACCUGACCUGGGGCGUGCUGCAGGAGAAGAUCAUGACACAGAAAUAUCUGAACUUCUCCGGCGAGAGUUCCAAGUUCAAGGACUCGCAAUUUCUGGUGUUUGCCAACCGACUGCUGGCCUUUGUGGUGGCCCUCAUCUAUCUGCAGUGGCAGCCCUCACCCACGCGACACCGUGCACCGCUCUACAAGUACUCCUUUGCCUCGUUCUCGAACAUCAUGAGCGCCUGGUUCCAGUAUGAGGCGCUGAAGUUCGUCAACUUUCCCACCCAGGUGCUGGCCAAGUCGUGCAAAAUAAUCCCCGUCAUGGUAAUGGGCAAGAUCAUGUCGAAAGCCAAGUACGAAUCGUACGAGUAUGUCACCGCCGUGCUUAUCUCGCUGGGCAUGAUCUUCUUCAUGAGUGGGUCGGCCGACGGCAACAAGGCCAGUGGAGUGACCACAUUGACGGGCGUCUUCCUGCUCUCCUUGUACAUGGUCUUUGACAGCUUUACGGCCAACUGGCAGGGCUCGCUCUUCAAGAGCUACGGCAUGACCUCCCUCCAGAUGAUGUGCGGCGUAAAUCUCUUCUCCUCGAUCUUCACUGGCGCCUCGCUGUCGAUGCAGGGCGGAUUCAUGGACUCCCUGUCCUUUGCCACAGAGCAUCCGAAAUUCGUGUUUGAUAUGGUUGUGCUUUCCAUUUGCUCAGCGGUCGGGCAAUUGUUUAUCUACCACACAAUCGAUGUCUUCGGCCCAGUUGUGUUUACCAUCAUUAUGACGCUGCGUCAGGCCGUAGCUAUUAUGCUCUCGUGCUUCAUCUACAACCACCGCGUGUCGGCACUGGGCAUCUUUGGUGUUCUCAUCGUUUUCGUUGCCAUCUUUCUGCGCGUCUACUGCACACAGCGCUUGAGGGCGAUGCGCAAGCGGGCCGAGGCGAAUAAACCCAAAAUGGCUGUCUAACCAGGGGCGAGGCGGCUCAAAUACAACGCACAGACUUUGCAGCUCAGCUUUUAAGUUAUUAUCUGGAUACUAAGCUAAACUAUGGUUACUACUUCCAAUCUCUGUGUCUACUAUUCACACUUUUGUACAGUUUUGUUUUUCUAGUUUUAAGCUUAAAGUUUAUACUUUUAUUGUAACCUUAGGUAGACUUGCCCCAUUGAGGCCUAGCGAUUUUAUGUGUGCAUCAAUUAAACUGAAUAUGAUAUACCA